GAAGCCCGGUGGGGAGAAGGGACCCUGCGGGAUCAAGAGUCAGACUUAGGGUGCUUCCCCCCCGCUGCACCCUCAUCUAGGGUAGCCAACUUCCUGCCGCGGCGGCGACUUUCAGUUUCAUUUCCACGGACCCUCGGCUUGGGCCGCAGCCGCCGCCGCGAUGCCCAGUAAGUUCAGCUGCCGGCAGCUCCGGGAGACGGGCCAGGGCUUCGAGAAUUUCCUGCUCGCUCAGGGACUGGACAUGGAGACAGAUCGCGAGCAGCUGCGGACCAUUUAUAACCAAAAGUUCAAGACCAGCUUUGGGAAACGCGCCCCUGGCUUCUCCUCCAUGCUGUAUGGAAUGAAGAUUGCCAACCUGGCCUAUGUCACCAAGACUCGGGUCAGGUUCUUCAAACUUGACCGCUGGACCGACGUGUCCGAUAUCAACACACACCACAAGUCGCUGUUCGCCAAGAUCUUUCAUGACAGCCCCUCCUUGCCUGCCACUCUCCCCAGGGCUGAGUAUCUUCAAGGGAAACACGGGGUGGACGUGGAAGUCCAGGGGCCCCAUGAAACCCAGGAUGGGCAGCUCCUUAUCCGCCUGGACUUGAACCGCAAGGAGAUGCUGACCCUGAAGCUUCAGAAUGGAGGAACGCAGCCUGUCACCCUCACCCACGUCCUUCCACUCUCCUGGACCCCUCAGUUUCAGUUCUACAAUGGAGACCAAAAACUGCCCUGCUCACUGGGCCCCGGUGAGUGCUAUGAGCUCCACGUCCACUGUCAGACCAACUUUGUGGGCUACUUCCCAGCCACAGUGCUCUGGGAGCUGCUGGGACCCGAGAAGCCGGGUUCAGAAGGAGCUGGCACUUUCUACAUUGCUCGCUUCUUGGCUGCCGUCGCCCACAGUCCCCUGGCCGCACAACUGAGGCCCACGACGCCCUACAAGCGGACUCGGAUCACUGGAAACCCUCUCGUGACUGCCCGGAUAGAGGAAGGAGAGAGACCUGACCGCGCUAAGGGCUAUGACCUGGAGCUAAGUUUGGCGCUGGGGACAUAUCACCCACCCACCCGCCUUCGGCAGCUACUCCCGGUCCUACUUCAGGGAACAAGUAUCUUCACUGCCCCAAAGGAGGUUGCGGAAAUCAAGGCCCAGCUAGAGACAGCCCUGAAGUGCAGAAACUACGAGAUGAAAUUCCGGCUACUGCUGCACCUGGAAGAGCUGCAGAUGGAGCAUGACAUCCGGCACUAUGACCUGGAGUCGGUGCCUAUGACCUUGGACACUGUCUCCCAGAACCCCAGGCUGCUCACACUGGAGGUUCCUGGGGUGGCUGAGAGCCGCCCCUCAGUGCUCCGGGGAGACCACCUGUUUGCCCUUUUGUCUUCCGACGCUCUCCAGAAUGACCCCAUCACCUACAAGGGCUUCGUGCACAGGGUGGAGCUGGACCGUGUCAAGCUGAGCUUCUCCCCGAGCCUCCUGAGCCGCUUUGUGGAUGGGCUGACCUUCAAGGUGAGCUUCACCUUCAACCGCCAGCCCCUGCGGGUGCAGCAUCGUGCCUUGGAGCUGACCGGGCGCCAUGUGCUGUGGCCCCUGCUCUUUCCUGAGGCCUCCCGUGGGGUCCCGCUGCUGCCCUCAGAUGUGAAGUUCAAGCUGUAUGACCGGAGUCUGGAGUCAAACCCAGAGCAGCUACAGGCCAUGAAGCAUAUUGUUAUGGGCACCACCCGUCCAGCCCCCUACAUCAUCUUUGGGCCUCCAGGCACUGGCAAGACCGUCACCUUAGUGGAAGCCAUCAAGCAGGUGGUGAAGCACUUGCCCAAGGCCCGAAUCCUGGCCUGCGCUCCAUCCAACUCAGGGGCUGACCUCCUCUGUCAGCGGCUCCAGACCCACCUGCCCAGCUCCAUCUACCGUCUCCUGGCCCCCAGCAGGGACAUCCGCAUGGUGCCUGAGGACAUCAAGCCCUGCUGUAACUGGGACACAAUUAAGGGAGAGUAUGUGUUUCCUGCUAAGAAGAAGCUGCAGGAAUAUCCCGUCUUAAUUACCACCCUCAUCACUGCCAGCAGAUUGGUCUCGGCCCAGUUUCCCAUUGAUCACUUCACGCACGUCUUCAUCGAUGAGGCUGGUCACUGCAUGGAGCCUGAGAGUCUGGUGGCCAUAGCAGGGCUGAUGGAAGUCAAAGAAUCGGACAAUCCAGGAGCACAGCUGGUGCUGGCAGGAGACCCUCGGCAGCUGGGGCCUGUGCUGCGUUCCCCACUGGCCCAGAAGCAUGGACUGGGGUACUCCCUUUUGGAGCGGCUGCUUACCUACAACACGUUGUAUAAGAAGGGCCCCGAUGGCUAUAACCCCCAGUUCAUAACUAAGCUGCUGCGCAACUACAGGUCCCACCCCACCAUCCUGGACAUUCCUAACAAGCUCUAUUAUGACCGGGAGCUGCAGCCCUGUGCCGACAUCGUGGACCGAGAGCGCUUCUGCCACUGGGAGGGUCUGCCCCGCCAGGGCUUUCCCAUCAUCUUUCACGGUGUAAUGGGCAAGGACGAGCGUGAGGGCAACAGCCCAUCCUUCUUCAACCCUGAGGAGGCUGCCACGGUGACGUCCUACCUGAAGCGGCUUCUGACCUCUUCCUCCAAGAAGGGCAAAGGUCGCCUGAGCCCCCGAAACGUGGGCGUCAUCUCCCCAUACCGGAAGCAGGUGGAAAAAAUCCGUAACUGCAUCACCAAACUGGACAAGCAGCUUCGGGGACUGGAUGACAUCAAGGACUUGAAGGUGGGCUCCGUGGAAGAGUUCCAAGGCCAAGAGCGCAGCGUCAUCAUCAUCUCCACCGUGCGGAGCAGCCAGAGCUUCGUGCAGCUGGAUCUGGACUUUAACCUGGGUUUCCUCAAGAACCCCAAGAGGUUCAACGUGGCUGUGACCCGGGCCAAGGCUUUGCUCAUCGUGGUGGGCAACCCGCUCCUCCUGGGCCAUGACUCCGACUGGAAGGCAUUCCUGGACUUCUGUAAAGAAAAUGGGGGCUAUACCGGGUGCCCCUUCCCUACCAAAGUGGACCCGCAGCAUGGACAGAACUUACUCAAAGGUCUGAGCAAGCUCAGUCCCUCUACCUCAGGGCCCCAAAGUCCCGACUACCUCCCCCAGGAUCUGGAGGGUGAAGGCGACCUGCCCCUGCAAGUGGAGCCAGAGUGGAGAAAUGAGCUCUAAAGACACGCUGUUGGCCUUGGGCCACAGCACACCAGUCAAGCCUUAAUGCCCACCUACCCUGACCCUAACCCAUCCUGGACCAGAACCCAGCCAAGCUGCCCCUCCAAGGGACAGGAAAGCUGUGGGAGUUUACAACCCAAGCCCUUCCACCCCCUCCCCUGCAGGGAAGAAUGAUACAACAAGCUGCUAACAAUGGAGGGUAGGGGAGGAAGAAAAACUGAAAACAAAACCUUGUUCUAUGCAAAA